CAAUUUAACAUGUGCAUCUCCCAAUCGGAAAGAAUUGCACAUUUCCCAUUUCUGCAGCCGUCCUCCGGCUCUCUUCUACUGCUGGCCGAUCUGAGAUCGGAGAAAGUAUGGAAGCCGAUCUCAAUAGCGAUCAAGCAGAGAAUACGAAUGGAGAGGUGGCGGCAGAGAGGGAUUCGGCACAAACAGUACCGGAGGGAUCUAUCCAUGGCUUUGACUCUCUGCAUCGCCUCCUCGAGGCCUCCCUAAAGCCUGAAAUCUUCCAGGAAGUGAGUCGCAUGUUGGUGGGAUUGAACUGUGGGAAACCUCUUGACCGCAUUCUUCUGCCUGAGGCUGCUUCCUCUCUGUCCACUAAACAUGAUUUCGAUUUGCAGGCCUUCGGCUUCCGUGCUGACAAAGAGGCACUAAGGCAAUCUCGAAUUGUUCGUGUAGGCAUAAUCCAAAAUUCCAUUGUACUUCCUACUACUGCACCUUUUAAUGAACAGAAAAAGGCCAUCAUGCAAAAAGUAAAAUCUAUGAUCGAUGCAGCUGGUGCUUUUGGUGUCAACAUCAUAUGCUUACAAGAAGCAUGGAUGAUGCCAUUUGCCUUUUGCACGAGAGAGAAGAGAUGGUGUGAAUUUGCAGAACCAAUUGAUGGAGAAAGCACGCAGUUUCUUCAAGGUCUUGCUCGAAAGUACAACAUGGUGAUAGUGAGCCCAAUUCUUGAAAGGGAUGUUAGGCAUGGAGAAGUUCUCUGGAAUACGGUUGUGAUAAUAGGAAACCAUGGCAACAUCAUCGGCAUACAUCGAAAGAAUCACAUUCCUAGAAUUGGGGAUUUCAAUGAGAGCACAUAUUACAUGGAAGGAAACACAGGUCAUCCAGUUUUUGAAACUUGUUUUGGGAAGAUUGCUGUCAAUAUUUGUUAUGGAAGGCACCAUCCUUUAAAUUGGUUAGCCUUUGGAUUGAAUGGAGCUGAAAUAGUGUUCAACCCGUCCGCCACUGUUGGAGAGUUGAGUGAACCAAUGUGGCCAAUUGAGGCGAGAAAUGCUGCAAUAGCAAAUAGUUAUUUUGUUGGCUCAAUCAAUCGUGUUGGGACUGAGGAAUUUCCAAAUCCAUUUACGUCUGGUGAUGGGAAACCUCAGCAUACAGAUUUUGGACAUUUUUAUGGAUCUAGCUAUUUUUCAUCCCCUGAUGCAUCGUGCACUCCAUCUCUGUCAAGAUAUAGGGAUGGUUUGCUGGUCUCGGACAUGGAUUUGAAUCUGUGCAGACAGUUGAAAGAUAAAUGGGGCUUUCGAAUGACCGCUCGUUAUGAAUUAUACGCCGAUUUGCUUUCUCGGUAUUUGAAACCAGACUUCGCUCCACAAGUCAUCGUUGACCCCCAUUUGCAAAAGCAAAGCUAGCGAACGAUUGGAGCAUAAGCAUCCAAUUGUGGAUGCUGAUUUGUUGCAAAUUAUGUUAAGGUUUGUACCGUGAAUCUCGGAUUUUUACAACAUCCAAUAGGUAGUAGUAUUUGUUGGUUGCAAUAAUCAUGUAAGACGUCAAUUUUUUGCAUUCUAAUCAAUUAUUAUGUCUGGUGUUAGAAAU